UCAAGUGUUAGUAGAACAAAAUUUUCAAACCAAGCCCUAGUCUGAACUCUGAAAUUCCAUUCCCGCUCCCUCUUUUCAUACCCAAAUCCAAUACCCAUCUCCCGCCAUUUGCAAUUCUCUAUGCCCUUUACCUUCAAUCCUCUCCUCCUAUUUCCAUUUAACCCGCUAUCCAAUUCCUUCGCUGUCCCUUUCCUUCUUGUUUCUGCUCUUCUUCAUACUCCUGACAUUGCCUGUUUCUUUGCCAAGCUUGGAUUUUUUUGAAUUCCCUCUAACAUCGUUCACUUGUUUGUCUUUCUUCUUCUGUUUCUCCUUUACAUGAAACUUCUCCAAUCUAGGGUUUCAAUUUGAAUCUUUUUUCCCCUUCGCGAUGAGUGCUGUGAAUAUCACCAACGUUACUGUACUGGACAAUCCGGCGCCGUUUGUGUCCCCAUUUCAGUUCGAGAUCUCUUACGAGUGCUUGACUCCUCUUAAAGAUGAUUUAGAGUGGAAAUUGAUCUAUGUUGGAUCAGCUGAGGAUGAGACGUAUGAUCAACUUUUGGAGAGUGUACUUGUUGGACCUAUCAAUGUCGGGAACUAUCGUUUUGUUUUGCAGGCAGACCCACCAGAUCCUUCAAAAAUUCGUGAAGAAGAUAUCAUAGGUGUGACAGUGCUUUUGUUGACCUGCUCUUAUCUGGGUCAAGAAUUUGUUAGAGUGGGUUACUAUGUUAACAAUGAUUAUGAAGAUGAGCAGCUGAGAGAGGAACCUCCACCAAAAGUGUUAAUUGAUAAGGUUCAGAGAAACAUUUUGUCUGACAAACCACGGGUCACAAAAUUCCCCAUCAAUUUUUAUCCCGAGAACGCUGAAAGUGCAGAGGAACCUUCUCUACAUGAUCAACCCGCUGAAACUGAUGGGAAUGAAGAACAAUUACAUCCUUCUUCUGACCAUUUUUCAGAUAAAGAGGGAUCUUAAAUCUAAUAACCAAUUUUACUAACUGAUGGCCUUGUGAGUUUCCCAUACAAGUUUAUAUUAUGACAAGCAAUCCAAGUGAUACCUUUGCCAGAUAUUUUCGUACAUGGCAUGUGGAUUGGGGAGCUGGUUUUCAACUUUACGAAAUGUCGAGAGAAAGUGAUGGUGGAUUCCCUGGAUUCUAACAGGAUCCUUUUUUGCUUUAUACCAGUAUCACUCUUUUGAGAUUUGACGCCUCUGUAUCUUAAUUGGAUUGCUCGGGUUUGCGAUCAGGUUACAUUUCAAAUUCAUUAUUUUGAUUUAA